AUGGGAGCUACCUGGAGCUGUGAAGAAGACCCGGGCUGUUGGGAAGGAGAUGAGGCAAAGCCGGGGGAGGUGUCUGCCACCUUGGAUGUUGACGACGUCCUGAGCACGCACUCCCAGGACUGGCGCCAUUCUCCAACAUCGGACGAAUCGGAGGCAGGCAAGCGAUGUAGCCACCAGAGCGCAGUGCCCGCUGAGGAGCUGGAGGUAGAUGCCAAUCUCAUGCGCGGGCUUUCCCUGCGACAGUCACUUCGCAACUUCGGGAUCCUCUGGUUGGUCUCGCCGGAGACGCGCUAUCCGUGCCGCGUGGAGACCCAUCCCGUUCCGAAGUUCGAUGUCUUCGUUUCCCACACCUGGAGGACGCCGGGAAGGUGGAAGAUCUUGUGUCUGAUGUACCAAACAGGCUGGGGGCUUUCGUUUUUCCUGCAGACCUUGGUCGCCACUGUCCUCUUGGUACUGGGCUUGAUCGGGAUUCUGCCACUGCCUUCGACCACUACCAUCGCUGGCAUCCCGCCAGAGCAGUACGAAGCUUCACCGUGGAUGCGAGCCAGCAGUCUUCCAACUAUGAUCCUCGGCCUGUGUAUGGCGCCCUAUGUCGGAGACUUGUUCAACAAGCAGGUAGCUUUUAUUGAUAUGGCCAGCAUCGACCAGACCGAUCCGGUGCAGAAGGAGCAAGGAAUCUCCAGCAUUGCAGGUUUCCUCAAGAAGUCCGACGAGCUGCAGGUUUUGUGGUCGGUGGACUAUCUUUCUCGUUUGUGGUGCGUGUUCGAGCUGGCUGCUUACCGCACAGCAAAUCCGUCAGGAAAAUCACCUUGA